CAGUGCCCAUCUGUAUGUAAUUUUAUUUGGCAUCACCUAAAUCGCCUCUCUUUGGGAGCACCCUGGAGCAGCUAGUCAACAGAGUCAAAAAAGAAAGAAACCAUGCAACGAAUCUGCAUCUUUCCAUAUUCUUUUUCUGCAUACUAACCAGCAAAGGGGGAAGGAAGGGCUAUGCUUUUGCAUCAGUAGUUCGUCAUGACAGUGACUUGUGGAAAUAGUUGUUGUUUGGUCGUCAGAUUUGGUGGGCUUCCUACGAUCAAUCAAGCGAGCUUCCUCUUGGUUUCUUUUAAUCAAUAAAAUAUAGUAAAGAAAAGACUUGGAAGCUUGUGGGUCUUAGUAACUUAGUUUCCAAGAAAAUAGACUGUUGUAAUUCUGCCCUGUUGUGGCUGUAUAUAAACCAAACCUUGUGUUUCAAUGUAGCAAGAACAAACCUGACCUUCAAGGGUUUAUUUCCAAAAGAAAAGAUGAUGAUGAGGAUGGGAGAAAUGGGGCCUCAACUGGGUUCAGUGAUUGCCAGUGUGAUGUUUGUGUGCACUAUUUUUCGACAAUACCUUCCCCCUCAACUUCGCUACUAUGUUGAUAAAUAUAGCCACAAAUUAGUGAAACUUUUCUACCCUUACAUCCAAAUCACCUUUGAUGAGUACACCACCGAGUUUCGCAAACGCAGCGAAGUCUAUUCUGCCAUCCAAAGCUACCUCAGCACCAAGUCUUCGACAAGUGCAAGACGCCUAAAAGCUCACGAUGUCAAAGACAGCAAGUCUCUGGUCCUUGGCGUGGACGACAAUGAAGAAGUGACGGAUGAAUUUCAAGGCAUUAAACUUUGGUGGGUUUUGAUAAAAAGAGAGCCUCGACAGACUUCAUUUUCUUUCUAUCCUCAGUCUGAUGAGAAGAAGCAUUAUAAGCUCACCUUCCACAGACGCCACCGAGAUGUCGUCACAGGGGCUUAUCUUGCUCAUGUCAUCAAAGAGGGGAAGGCAAUAACAGUGGGAAAUAGGCAACGGAAGCUUUACAUCAACAAUCCUUCCCGGAAUUGGUAUACAUACAGAGGGAAAAUAUGGAGCCAUGUAGUCUUUGAGCACCCGGCAACAUUUGAGACCUUGGGCUUGCACCCCAAAAAGAAGGAAGAGAUUGUCAAUGACCUCAUCAAGUUCAGCAAGGGGAAAGAGUACUAUGCGAAAAUCGGCAAGGCUUGGAAGCGCGGCUAUCUUCUUUAUGGGCCACCAGGCACUGGAAAGUCUACCAUGAUUGCUGCUAUGUCGAACCUCAUGGACUACGACGUCUAUGAUCUUGAAUUAACCACGGUGAAGGAUAACACAGAGCUGAGGAAGCUACUGAUUGACACGCCUAGUAAGUCUAUUAUCGUGAUCGAGGACAUUGAUUGCUCGCUUGAUCUUACAGGUCAGCGGAAGAAGAAAAAGGAGAAGGAUGAGGAGGAGAAUGAAGAAAACGAUCCAGUUAAGAAAAAGAUGGAAAAAGAAGAGAGCCAACCAAGCAAGGUUACUCUUUCUGGGCUGUUGAACUUUAUUGAUGGGAUUUGGUCAGCUUGUGGAGGGGAAAGGCUGAUUGUGUUUACCACUAAUUAUGUGGACAAACUUGAUCCUGCUCUCAUAAGAAGAGGAAGGAUGGACAAGCACAUAGAGUUGUCCUACUGCUGCUAUGAAGCAUUCAAAGUGCUUGCCAGGAACUAUUUGGAUUUAGAGUCGCAUGAAUUGUUCGAAACCAUUGAGCGUUUGUUGGGGGAAACCAAUAUGAUUCCUGCUGAUGUUGCAGAGAAUUUGAUGCCCAAAUCUGUUACAGAGAAUGCAGACUCUUGCUUGAAGAAAUUGAUUGAAGCUCUUGAGACUGCAAAGGAGGAGGCAAGAAAGAAGGCUGAGGAAGAAGAAGCAAGUAAGAAGGCAGAGGAAGAAGCAAAACUCAAGGCAGAGAAAGAAGAGAAGGAGAAACAGCAGCCUGCUAAAGAUGAAGUGAAAUGUAACGGAACAUCAACUAAAGAAGAAGAUGCAAAAUGAAUGGAACAUCAGAUGAAACCAGUGAAAGUAUGUAUAUAAUUUCAACCUUUCUGUACAUAUUGUAAUAAGAAAAAAAUCUGCCCUGAUCAAUCUGUGUUUUUCUUUAUGUGUAAAAAGAAUCGUUCAAUGGAGUUGUAAAAUAUUCUGUCUAUAUCCAUUUUAAUUUCAUGUUAA